AUGUCCCGCUCAUCCUACGACCGAUACCUCACCGUCUUCUCGCCUGAAGGCCGGCUGUACCAAGUCGAAUACGCGUUCAAGGCCAUCAGUGGGGCGGGGAUCACGUCGCUCGCCAUCCGUGGCAAGGACACAGCCGUCGUCAUCACCCAGCGCAAGGUACCUGACAAGCUGCUUGACCCCGAGACGGUGACCCACGUCUUCCAGAUCACGCCGACGAUCGGAUGUGUCGUCACUGGCCGCAUUGCCGACGCGCGCGCACAGGUCCAGCGUACACGGUCAGAGGCGGCCGAGUUCCGCUACAAGUUUGGCUACGAGAUUACGCCUGAUGCGCUCUCCAAGCGCAUGGCCAACAUCAACCAGGUGUACACGCAGCGUGCGGGCAUGCGCCCACUCGGCAUCUCGAUGAUCCUCAUUGGGCCCGAUGACGAGCGUGGACCGCAGGUGUUCAUGAUCGACCCUGCUGGCUACUACGUCGGUUACAAGGCUGUCGCAAGCGGCCAGAAGCAGACCGAGGCGACCAACUUUUUGGAGAAGAAGUGGAAGUCUGUUGAGAACCGGUCGCUGAAUCUCGACCGCGCGGGUGUGAUCGAGCUCGCGAUCGAGACGCUCUCGAACGUGUGUGCGACCGACUUUAAGGCGGGCGAGAUUGAGAUUGGCAUCACCUCGACGUCGCCAGACGAGCCAGGAGAGGGCGGCAAGCUGGGUGGCACCGGACGUUUCCGCCAGAUGGGCGAGGCUGAGCGCGACGAGUGGCUCGUCCGUGUGGGAGAGAAGGACUAG